CGUUGAACGAAGCCUUUUCAAAAUAAAGAUUUCGUGGUCAAUUUCAAUAUGCUAAAAAAAAAACUACUUUUUUUUGGUUUUAAUUGUCAUUUGUCCGAAAUUUGUGUAAACGAUUCUGAGAGUGUGGUCUAUGUCUGCUGAGACGCUCAGUUCCUCUUUUUUUUUUUUAUCAGCUCAGUGAAGAUUAACAGCACACUCCCAACUUCCUCGUCCAAGGGGUAGCAUUGAUGCGGUGCGGUUCAGUAGUCACAGCAUCACGCCUCAGUUCUAAUGGUAGCUUCUAGAACGAAAUGUGGACUAUUCUAGAUCAGGGGAACCUACUGGUAAAACGAGGAAAAUCUUUUUGACGGCUCGGUUUUAAGGCUGAGGUGGCAUCAAAGACCACCUACUGUACACCAGGACAGCGCCAUGGGCUGCGUGGGCUCCAAGAAGGACCAGGAGCGUCUGGGAAAAGGGAACAAUGAGGUGCAGACAAGUGCACAGACGACACACUAUGUCAAAGAUCCCACAGCAGGAAACUCCAAAGCUAACAAAAUGCCCCCCAGUGCACACAACACAACAGAUGGGGACAUCAUCGCUAUAGCGCUGUAUGACUACGAUGCCAUCCACGACGGAGACCUCGGCUUCAAGAAGGGUGACAAACUCCGGAUUUUGGAGGAAUCAGGGGAGUGGUGGAGAGCCAUGUCCAUCAGUACCGGUCAGGACGGCUUCAUCCCUAGUAAUUACGUAGCCAAAGAUACCCUGGAGGCGGAGGAGUGGUUCUUCAAGGGCAUCAGCAGGAGAGACGCUGAGAGACAGUUACUGGCCCCCGGGAACCGAGUCGGAUCCUUCAUGAUCCGAGACAGCGAGACCAAUAAGGGGAGCUUCUCUUUGUCAGUCAGAGAUAGUGACGGCCCAUCAGGUGAUACCGUCAAACACUAUAAAAUACGUAUGCUGGACAAUGGAGGAUUCUACAUCUCUCCACGCAUCACCUUCAGCACCCUGCAGGACCUGGUCAAACAUUACAAGAAGCAGGGUGAUGGUCUCUGCCAAACCCUAACCAACCCCUGUCUGAACCCCAAACCGGAGAAGCCCUGGGAGAAAGAUGCAUGGGAAAUCCAAAGGUCGUCACUGAAGCUGGAGAAGAGGCUCGGUGCUGGACAAUUUGGAGAAGUCUGGCUUGCUACGUACAACAAGCACACCAAGGUGGCAGUGAAGACCAUGAAACCAGGAAGCAUGUCAGUGGAGGGCUUCCUGGCCGAGGCCAAUCUGAUGAAGACUCUGCAACACGACAAGCUAGUCAGACUCAACGCUGUGGUCACGAAGGAGGAGCCUAUUUAUAUUAUCACUGAAUACAUGGAGAAAGGUAGUUUAUUAGACUUCCUCAAGAGCGAUGAAGGCGGUCGCGUCCCGCUUCCCAAGCUCAUUGACUUCUCUGCACAGAUCGCAGAGGGCAUGGCCUUCAUCGAGCAGAGGAACUACAUCCACCGAGACCUGAGGGCUGCCAACAUCUUGGUCAAUAAAGCUCUAGUGUGCAAAAUCGCCGACUUCGGCCUCGCCCGUAUCAUCGAAGACAACGAAUACACAGCUAGAGAAGGUGCGAGAUUUCCCAUCAAGUGGACAGCCCCUGAAGCCAUCAACUACGGAUGCUUCACUAUCAAGUCAGAUGUUUGGUCUUUUGGGAUUUUACUGACGGAGGUCAUCAGUUAUGGACGCACGCCAUACCCAGGGAUGACAAACCCAGAAGUGAUACGUUCCCUGGAGAAGGGCUACCGGAUGCAACGUCAGGACAGUUGCCCUAAAGAACUCUAUGAUAUCAUGCUGGAAUGCUGGAAGAACAAACCGGAUGACCGUCCCACCUUUGAUUACCUGCAAAGCGUCCUGGAGGAUUUCUACACUGCCACAGAGAGCCAGUAUCAGCAGCAACCAUGAGUCUCCACUAUGUAGUUUCAUAAUAUUUUUGUACAAAAAAAACACAAUAGUAUUUUCCUAAUGCUUACAUACACGCCUACGGAUGUCCUCUGUGUGUCCAUCUUUAUCUGAAUCUUGGAAUAGGUUUUGUCAAAAUACAUUUGACUAUAUUUUUCACACAUUUACUGUACUGUAUGUUUUAUAUGCAUUGUAUAUAUUUUAAGUAUGGUAGAAACUAAUUCAAUGGAUUAAGAAAAUGCAUAAUACACAGUUUUAAGUCCAUUUUUUGAGUUACCGGUUUUAAUUAGAAGCAGGUGAUAAUUGGAAAGAGGCAACAUAACUUCAUUUUUAGUAUUUCAUAAUGAUUUGGAAUGCAUGAGAAAGUUGACUUUUAUACACAAGUAUAUUGCACAACGCAGCAGAACCGAUGUUGGAAUAGCGGCAAGUGUACUUAUAAACAACAUUUAAAAAAAUUUAAUAAUAAUAAUUUGGAGUGCAUGAGAAAGCGGAAAGGAAAACAUGAAAGUAGUAAACAGCUUAUAAUGUCAGUUUGGAAUGUUUUGUUUUGAAUCAAGGGACAGCAAUGUGUGAUGCUGCGUUUUCAUUAUUUACUGAAGUUUUUUGCUUGUUCUAGUCGGCGGUUUCAUGCACCAAUGUAAUAUUUUUCAAAUAAAAAGAUUUUAUCGUCGAUAAACGACAAUAAACGAGAUUUUAACGUUACUAGGAAAUGCACUGUAUA